AUCGGCAUAGUAUUCAACUAUUCAUUCCAGAGAAGAGAUAAACGAUGGCAGGUAGAUUGAGCAACGCAGCGUCGCGGAUCAUGGGCGGUAACGGCGUCGUCGGCCGCUCAAUUGCCUCCUCACUUCGCCUCCGCUCCGGCAUGGGCCUUCCGGUCGGCAAACACAUAGUCCCUGACAAGCCCCUUCCGGUGAAUGACGAGCUGGUUUGGGACAACGGGACCCCAUUCCCCGAGCCUUGUAUAGAUCGCAUUGCUGGUGAUACGGUUGGAAAGUACGAGGCGUUGGCUUGGUUGUGUGGAGGUCUAGGGUUCUUUGCCAGUUUGGGACUGUUAGCCGUGUGGAACGAUAAAGCCUCAACGAUACCAUUUACACCAAAAGUCUAUCCUUAUGACAACCUACGGGUGGAGCUUGGUGGAGAACCAUAAGCAGCCCAUGGUGCAAGUGAUCACCCUUAUCAUUGUUUCAUUUAUAGCAUCACUUUUGUUUGUCUCUGAACUUUUCGGGAUAUGGAAUUGUCAAAUAAUGGGUACUGGCUUGACUGUUGCUGAAAUUGCUGAAUCCAAAAUCUUGCAAGUUGCAACAGACUACCAGACGUGAUUUUCUUGUAGUGCCUUGAUGAUGAAACAUGUAAUUAAUGUUUUCACCUACUCGAUGUCUUCCAUCUGUAUGGUCAUUUUUGCAUUCUACUGA